CCAACCAGCAUGCUGCCUUAUGUCUGACAAGUGCCAGUGGACUGGUUAAGAUGUCUAUUGAGAGUCUGCUGGCUGCUCUGGAGGACUGUGGCGUCUCCGAGGAUGAAGCUGCCGACAGCGUCCGGCGGACUCUCCGGCUGUUCCUCCACAAACUGUCCGAGUCCUCCAGGAAUAACGUGAAAAGAUGUAAGGAGCGCUGUUUGGAUGAAGCUCUCCAGCUGCUGAGGCAGAUUUCAGAGGCACAGCUUCGAGGUUUGGGGGAGAGCCACCUCCUCCUGCUUGUCAAACUCCUCCUGUCCAUGCAGCUGCAGAUGGCCAGCAUCUCCACAGCGUGUCGUAAAGUGGACAAGAUGUUGCAACAUAUGGCAAAGGUGGAUCACCAGUUGGUUUAUAGAGAAACCUUUCAUUGUUUGGACUCCAUGAUCCAAAGUGAACAGGUUUUGACCCAUCAAGAUUUGCAGAGAGCCUGUAUGUUUCUAGAAGACAACACUGUUGGCCGUGAAGUGUGGAAAGAGUCAUUCGUGUCCAUGCUGAAUAAAGUGUCGGAGUUGUUUCCUGUUGUUUUGCAACAAGAGUCCCUGAGAGACGGGCCGCUGUGUUACUCCACUGUCAAAGUCUGUUUGCAGAUAUUUCAGCUGUUGCCCACAGAAGUGGCUCCUCUAGUCUGGGAACAGGAUCACAGAAGCUUGACAGUACAGAACAUCCUGCAGGCUCUUAUGGACAUAUUACUUGGACAGUGCUGCAGCAGAGACACUCGUCUUUUAGCAGGCGUUGCCGUUGCCAUGCUGAUCAACACAGCAUCAGACAGCAGCGCUGGAGGAGCUGCAGCCUGGAGUUUACUGCAAGUCUCUCUUUCAGAGCCCUGGCUGCUGACUGUUGGCGCUCUCCAAGUUCAGUGCAACACACCAGGGAAGGACGGGGUGGACAGGCUGGCUGUGAGCAGGGGUCUCCUGACCUGCUCUCUACCUCCCAUCUUGCUCAGCUCACAAGACGAUGCCAGUGAAACAUGUUUACUGUUGAAGGGCUUGUUUCCGGUGGUGUUUGCAUUGUGUGAGGAGAAGAUCGAUUGUCACUACUUUUCCUUCGAAGCUUUAACACUCUGGAUGAAGAAAGUGAAAGAGUCUUUGCCCGAUAUCUGGAAGAUGAUGGGCGUUCGCCUCCUGUCAGACAACAGCAACCUGAAACGGCAGCUUAUUCACAUAAUCUGGACCAAUGCAGAAAGCCCAGUUGAAGGGGUGCCAGAGUUUGCACGGAAUGCCUUUUCUCUGCUGCUGGACCUCUAUGAGAUGGACUGUGAACAGUUUUCUGACACAAACAAGGCUCUUUAUUACGAUUUACUGAUGCGAAUUAUGAAACUACCUUGGGAAGCUAAAGCCAAAUACCAUCACCUCUGUGCCCUGCUGCCACAUCUGGGUACUGGCGCGGUAUGGAAUCAGUAUGCUGAAUUGCCAGAUCAUCUCUUUAAAUGCUUGCACACCAAUCAUCUCUCCCCAUGUGGAGCAGAGCUUUACAAAUGUCUGAUCCAGCAGCAGAGGAAGGAGCUGUGCGGUGCAUCCCAACAGUCUGUGACGGAGCUGGAGCUGGCCGGUCACUGGGCGAGGCGCUGGCAGCCGGUCGUCCACAAGGCUCUCACAUCUCAAGUGACUCUUUUACAGAGCAACUGCUCCACACAGCUAUUACCAAUCACUUUUCAGGUUUUCCCAUCAGCUGUGGACCAUCUGCUGGUGUCUCUGGACCCCUGUACUCCCGGGCACCUCCACGCCUGGGCGAGCAUCAUGAGCUCUUAUCGAGCUGUAACCGGCUGCAAUCUCUGGGCUCCUCAGGGUGGUUCGGCUUUUGAAACCCUGCAGCUCGCUCUGGGGUCCGCAGAUGACAAAAUCCGGAUCGCUGCUUUCAAUCUGCUCUGCUGCUGCCCAAAGACCAAAGAAACUCCCAGCACGGAGGAGAUGGCCCUCAUGAAAGCCUUUAUUCCUCAGAACCUGAACUGCGAGUCGUCGCCAUUUCGCCAGCACUUUCAGGCUGGACUGAAGAGAUUCCUGGUUCGGAUCAGAGAUGGCUGCUUGUCGCAUGUCAGGGGGCAGAAGGGCAAAAAGAAAGGUGAUGCUGUUAACUCGGAAAAGAUGCAAGAUGUGCUGGAGCAGGGGAUAGACUUUGUUGACUGGUUGAGUCAGCUUCCAUACAGCUUUCUGUCAAAAGGACACAACUAUCAGAGGAAGAAGACGGUGCUGCUGCUGCUGUCGGCGGUGCUGGAGACCUGUACAGACACCUGGAGCCCCGGCAAGAAGAAGGGACAGCCUCCAGCAAAUAUGGGAUCUCUUAUUAAAUGUGCAAGGGAUAAAGGAAAGUGGGAUUUCUUCAGCAGGACAAAUCUUCUGGCUCUUAUCGGCUGUUUGGAAGACUCGACAAAUGAGAUACGCGACCUCUCAGCAGGGUUGCUGUUGAGAUUUUUCCCGCCCAGAUUUCCAGAAGACAUUGCAGAAGUGCUGCACGUUAAAAGCAGUCAGUUUGUGUGCAGUCCGCGGGUUCAGGAGGCUCAGAUCGGCGCUCUGAUGACGACCGUGCUCUUUCUGAAAUCACAGGAGCAGCAUGAGGUCGACGACUCGAAGACCAACGUCACUGUCAAAAGUGGAAGUAAACCAAACGCGUCCGGCAUGAUCGGAGCGCUGGUGAAGGAGCUGGAGAAGCAUUACCUGGCAGCCAGGGCAGACAUGAUGCUUGCCGCCAGGACGACACCGAUACACGGUGUUCUCAGUGCUCUCCAGAAGUGUUUGUUCGAGUCUCCCGGUGAUCACUGCGCCGCGCUCGACCACAGUGUGUUCGCCGAGCUGCUCGGCCUGCUGGAGAAAAUCUCUCUACUGCUGCUCGGUGUCCUCUGUGGAGACCAGAACGCCUCUGCCGCUGAGACGGAUGUCCCGCCGUCGUUCUGUGAUAUGGGGAACGCCAUCAGCUCUCUGAUCGCACAGUCCGGAGGCGGGCAGGUGGAUGGAGACGAGUGCGUCUUGUUGUCUGAAGAGCACAGCCUUGUUCUCACCUGCUGCUGGGUCUCCCUCAAAGAAAUAGGAAUCCUUUUAGGUUUCCUGGUGGAAAAGAUUCUCUCAGAAUCCGACCAAUGCCAUCUCACAAAAGACGACAUAUUAAGAGCAUCGAAAAUAUUCAAGAAUAUUCUUCUGAAAUGUCGUCACUGGGGGGCAGUGGAAGGAUGCGGUAUCGGCUUCACUAAGUUCUGUUCAUCCCUGCUGAGCAGCAGUGAUCAUGAGCUCAGGGACAUUCCUGCUCAAAUGUUGAGACAAGGAUUGCAGAUUGUGCAGUGUCUCCGUUCAACAUCUGUGACCCGGCGAGCUGCAGGACUGCCCAUGCUGAUCCUGUGUGUUUUGUCAGCAGAAGACGCCAACAAAGCGAGACCGCUGCUGGCCCACAGCAUGCAAACCUUACUGGAAACAGCCAAAACUCCUCUAAAUCAGAAGUGGGACCAAACCCUGGACCUCCCCCAGGUGUGUGCAGUUCACACUCUGCAGGCCCUGGUGCGGGGCUCCAGUUUGGGAGUAGCUGUCCUCCAGUUCGCCCCUCCUGUAGCCAUCUUGUCUCUCACUCUGCUCAGUUCUCCCUGCUGGGCCAUGAGGAAUGCGGCACUGCAGCUUUACAGUGCUCUGUGCUCUCGAAUGCUCGGUCAGAGGUCCAGCAGCGACGAGGCCGGUCCCGCGCAGCACGCCAUGUCCCCCUCCGCAUUCUUCUUCCACUAUCCGGCGCUGCAGCCCUUCCUCCUGGGCGAGCUGAGAGCGGCGGCAGCAGACCUCCAGAGUCCGUCCAGCGAGGCCAAGCUGCACCUGCAGCCCUCCCUCUACCCCAUCCUCACUCUGCUAGCGCAGCUCCAGCCCGGCGUCCAGGACUCGGCAGAAACUUUGUCAGACUUCCUGCCUCUGCUCCUGGAGCUGUCCGCCAGCCCUGUUUACAGCGUGAGAGCGAUGGCCUCCAAGGCUCUGGUUGCCGUGAGUCCCCCUUCAGAGUACAUGAACCUCCUCCUCAGACUCUCGGCCGAGCUGCCAAGUCCGCAGCAGCGCUGCCGUCACAAUCGGCUCCACGGACAGCUGCUGCAGAUCAAAGCCCUGCUGCAAAGAGCUCUCAGCCUAGGCAGUUUCCAUUCAGACGACCUGAGCGAAGUGCAGCGGAGGGUCCAGGCCUCGCUGUGGCUGGCGACUGAAGCUCAGCGAUGCCUCCUCGUGAGGGCAGUCUACCUCGGAGUGGCCGACUCCUUGAGAGCGCCGUCCUGUGAGAGCUUCCUGUCAGAGCUCAGAGACGCCGUCAUGCAGGACCUUCAAAAACCUGGAGACCCUCUUCAGAUCGGGUUGUCUUCAUUCCACCAACAGGCCAUCCAUUUUCUAAGUGCAGAUUCCAAGUGUGCCACUGAAGUCUGGAACAACUUCUCUGCGGUGAGCCCUGACCUGAGGCUCUCGCUGGUUACAUGGGUGCUCGACGGGUGGAGCUCACAGCAGGCCGGUCUGAGAAGUGUGAUCCAGAAAGUAUUGCAGUCAAACCUGAGGGAGGCACUGUCGAGCCACAGUGUGGAGUAUCGCAGGAUCUACCUCCAAGCCGUGGUGUCGGUCAUGGCUGGAACUGAUCCGACGUCACGCCGCACCGCCUCGCUGCAAGACGCAGUUCUGCCCGAGUGCCUGGAUCUGUUGUUCAGGGACCUGGAGGACCAGAGAGGCGGCCCAGAGUUUCUGUCCCAGGCUCUCCAUGCUGCCAGUCUGCUGCUUUCCCAGGCGCCAGACUCCAGUCUUAAAACAUCCUUGUACCAGCGCUGGUGCGGCGUCUUAGAGAGCCAGCGGCUCCCAGAAUCCCCUGAAGUUCUCCGGAUGGCGUCGGCCGAAGCUCUCUGUGUGGCCGGCGUCCCACUGUUAAAUCACAGCUGGCAAGAAGGAAACGCUCUGCCUGCCAUCGUCAUCAGGGUGAUCAACGCCGGCCUUCACUUGCUGCAGGACCAGAACCAGCAGGUGAGGGAGAGAGCAGCCCGUUACGCCUCUCUGCUCCACCGCGCCAGGAGGGCUGGGAGCCAGGAGAGCAUCCACCUCAUGCAGGUCAACCUGGCUCUGCCAGUCCUCCUGGACCUGUUGACUGAGGAAUUCUGGGAAACUCCUGGGACACUGGGUGUCCUGCUGGGUCACGUUCCUCAGCCGAACCUCAGCGCUGUGCUGAAAGAAGCCUCCGCUUCGAGAUCUUCCAGUCUGUAUGAGCAGGAUGAGGCCAAUGUGUUUGCCGAGCCGUCUGUCAUGGCCGCCCAUGUGCUGCCGUACCUGCUGCAGAUGGCAGGAAAAUAUGCUCAGUCCUCCUCUCUGGCUCAGAGCCUGGACUCCUGGGCAGAGAGGAAUGCUGCACAGGUGCUGGAUGAUCUGAGACUCUGCAGAACCCUCCAGCAAGGCGCCUCAUCAGCAACUGAGGCGUUCUCUCCCUCGUGGCUGGCGCUCCUCACCGACCCCCGUUUCCACAGCUCGCUGUGCGGCCUGCUCGCCAGAGCCGCCUUUCUGCUGCAAAUCCUGAAAACAUCCGAUAAAGCGCGACGCCUCUGUGAUCCUCCAUCCGUUCACAUUACUUUACGGGAGGUUUGUAGCCUGCUGCGACGCAGAGGAAUCCACUUUCCUCCCCGUCUGCGAGCUGCCGUGUGUGGAGGACUGGAACUGUGACUGGAAUGCGCACGCAUUGAGCAAUGUCUUUUCACCAAUACGCUGUCCCAGGAUGAAGUUACUUGAGGGUAUUUUAAGAACGCUUGUGACUUGGAUGUGAGCGGCCGUAGUCUUGAAUGAGUGUCGCCUCUGCUGAUGCUGCAGUCCGCCAGCACUCGGAAGGGAUCACACAAGUUACGUAAGCUCUCAGCUGCUGCAGUUACUCGUGUGCAGCAUCCUGUUUACCGAGCAGUCGGCCUUCUGGGCCUUGUGUUCUUCAUUCAUUUUAGCAUGAAGUUUUCUGAUGCUGAGCCGCGUUCAGGUUUGUUUUACUGAUCACCAGCACGUCUCAGCAGCAGCAUUAGCAAUGCUCCCGCUGAUGCAAUGACGUAAUGCAACAGUAUCUGGAGAAAUCGGCUGCUCUGGGCCCAGCCGGGGAAUAUCGUGCACGUUUUAAUGUUCCAUUAGAGGCCCUCUGCCUCGCGCCGAGAUAUGGAUAAGUGUCCAUUUUCCAACCACAUGAGGGCAGGCGAUUAUUGAAUUGAUCUGGUGCAAAGCUGGUGGUUGCCCUGCAACAGACCUCACUUCAGAGCAGCCUUACGUCACCUCAGGGCCCGUUGCUUUCGCUCUCCAAGUCUGACAAACAACACCAUGAAAGUGUUUGUGCAUGUCGGUGUUGGUCACGUUUGGCUUUCAAUGAAAUGCAUAUUGAGGGUUAUUAUUUGAUGUACUGUAUAUGAACUCCACAUCUGAAUCUUAUUUUUCAUAAUGCAUGCUAAUGUAUGAAUCUUCAUUAUGCAAAAGCUAUAAAAAUGUGCUUAUAUCAAUGAUUCAUACACAGAUCUCAUGCAGUUUUUUAUUUUGAUGCACAUAAAAUUCUUACUUGAUAAACUGAGUUAGAGUAACAGUCAAGAAGCUACAGGAGGUUUUCAUUGAGGCCUUGAUAGAAAACAAGUUGAUGAGAUUUUUUAGAAGUCAAAUUCUUAAAGAGUUUGUAAAAUGUUUAAAUAACUCAAACUGUAUUAAUUCAUUUGAUAAAUUCCACCCUGCUGGCUGAGUUUCCAUUUAGACAAACACAUUUUCUUAAUUCAGAAUUCAUCUACAUCAAAACGUUGACAUGAAGACAGUUGUAAGAAAUCCUUUUUUUUAUUGUUUGUUUUGCUUUUAUUCUUUAAAGCCUGCCGGCAGCAUAACAUGCAAUUUUAAUGAAAAGACAGACAAAUUAAAUUUUCAUGUGGAAUAGUAUGUCCCUUACUCCAACCUUGGAAACAAAAUUGAAGAAGAGACAAUAACAUUAGCUUAGAUGUACCCUCCCUUGGGACAAAGGUGUAUAAACCUUGAAAACGAACAUCUGGCCUCGUAAACGUCUGCCAUUGUUACCGCAGUCUCGCAGCGAGCUUCACUCUGCUGAUUAAAUCAUGAGCUUUGGCAACGGGGAGCAAAGCCAAGUAGACUCAGUCACUUUCAUGUGAGUGUGUGUCGACACAAACGCUGGUGUGUGAUUUGGGUCGUUUCUUUUCACUUAUGGGAUUUGUGGGAAUGGGAAUUUUAUAAAAAAAUAUACAUGUACAAAAAAACUUUGUUUUUACUGUGUUUAACUACACAUAGUAACAUUUUAAAACAAUGUUUUUUUUAAUCGAAAAGACUUGUAUCA